AUGGCGAAAACAUCAAAAGCUACUAAAAAAUUUCAGAAUAAGCACUUGAAGCAUACCCUAGAACACAGGCGAGAGGUUCAAAAGCAGAACAAAAAGAUUGCUCAGCGCAAGGGUAAAAGCACUGGCUCUGAACCUGAACCUCCCAAAGUUAAGAAAACUGCUAGAGAGACUUUCGAUGACAUGUCCGUAGAGCAAUUCUUUGAGGGUGGAUUCGAGGUACCUAAGCCAAAGAGAGGUACUAAGAUUUCCACCGCAGAAGACGAUUCCGAAGAGGAAUCGGGCAGUGAAAAUGAGGAAGAGGACCAAUCUGAUGAAGGAAGUGCUGAAGAUGAUGGCGAGUCUUCUGAAGAAGAUGAUGACGAAAAAAUGGCACAGAAUAUGGAUGCUUUGAAGGAAAAUGACCCUGAGUUUUACAAAUACUUGAAGGAAAACGACAAACAAUUGCUUGACUUCGAGGCUGUCAAUCCACUUGAUGCUAUGAGUGAUGAUGAGAGUGAAGCCGAAGAUUCCGAAAAGGACGAAGGCCCUCUGUCUGAAUCUAAGAGAAGAUCCCGAACUGAUAUUACUAGAGAGCUUCUCAAAAAAUGUGACGAUCAAUUGAAGUCCAACCCAUCAACUCAAAGCAUUCAAAGAGUCGUCGCUGCUUUCAAAUCUGCCGUCAAUUUCGAUAAUUCAGAGGAACAAAACUCUAAAUUUACCAUGAAUGACCCUUCUGUUCUUACCGAUCUCAUGAUGCUCGGUUUACAAUCUGUUCCACGCGCGAUGCACAAAAUCUCUCCCUACAAAGUCAAUCUGAGAGGUAUCAGAUCUCUUAAUGAGAAGAAUGACAAAAACACCAACCUUGGCCGUAUCAUGAAGUCCCAAGCAGGUUCAUACUUGGCACUCUUGAGCGAGAUCAACAACACUGAAACCGCAGCUUUGGUUUUGUCUUCCUUACAAGAGGUUUUGCCAUAUUAUAUUUCUCAGAGAAAAAUUCUCAAGCAGCUCGUGGGUGCUGUAGUUGAAGUUUGGGCUAGCACGAGAGACGUUGACACCCAAGUUGCCACUUAUGCCUUCUUGAACAAUGCUGCCAGAGAAUACCCCAAGUCUGUCUUGGAUGUGGUUUUGCGUUCAUCAUACUCUGCAUUCUUAAAGUCUUGUCGUGUCACGAACCCUCACACUGUUGACCAGCUCAACUUUGCCAAAAACUCUGCUGCUGAGCUUUUCGGUAUUGAUGAACAAUUGUCCUACAGUAUCGGAUUUGACUUCGUACGUCAAUUGGCAGUUCAUUUGAGAAAUUCGUUGACCGGCACCAGUGGUGCUGCCAGCAAGGACGCUUACAAGUCUAUUUACAACUGGCAAUUUUGCCACUCCCUAGAUUUCUGGUCGAGAGUCUUGGCUAGACUUUGCAACCCAGAGAAGGAGUUAGUUGAUCACAAAUCCCACGAGUCUCCAUUGAGAUCCUUGAUCUACCCAUUGGUUCAAGUGACUUUGGGAACUAUCAGACUUAUUCCAACUGCGCAAUUCUUUCCUUUGAGAUUCUACUUGAUCCGUUCAUUGAUCAGAUUGUCUCAAGGAACAGAGGUUUUCAUUCCAAUUUUCCCACUCGUACUGGAGAUUCUUACUUCCACAGCCUUUACCAAGCCAGGAAAGCCAUCUAGCUUGCCUGCAAUCGACUUUGAUUAUCAAAUCAAGGUCAGUCUGCAAUACUUGGGCACCAAAGUCUACCAGGAUGGUUUGAGUGAACAACUCAUCGAGUUGUCUAGUGAGUACUUUGCUCUUUAUUCGAAGAACAUCGCAUUCCCAGAACUUGCUACCCCAGCCAUUUUAUCUCUUCGCAGAUUCAUGAAGAAAUCCAAGAAUGUUCGUUUCAACAAGCAGCUCCAACAAUUUGUUGAAAAGUUGAACGCCAACGCUUCUUUCAUAACUGUUAAAAGAUCUCGGGUUGACUAUGGUCCAGCAAACAAGACUGAAGCUGCCAAUUUCUUGAAGGAUGAAUCUUGGGAGUUUACUCCAUUGGGACAAUUCGUCGUUGUCCAGCGCAAGACUAGAGAGGAGAGACAAAAUCUUUUGAAACAGGCUCUUAAAGAUGAAGAAAAUGCCAAGAAGAAUGACGAUGAUGUUGAUAUGGAAGAUGCUGUAGAUGCCAUUGUCAGUGGUGACGAGGAUUCUAUGUCAGAGGAAGAGGAAGAGGAAUAG